CGCGCGCUGCUCCGCUGAGCCACGCAGAGUGCGGAGUCCCCGAGCGUGACCACGCACUCCUCGUUUGCUGUGCCGGUGGCUUUUUGUUGGCUCCACAGUGAACACAUGAAAGUGUGAGCCUCAGACUUACGUGGAGCCUGCGACAUUAGUGCCUUCGAUUUUUGCCAACGCGCUGCAGACACGUGCGUCUGCCAUGCCGCGCCGAGCCGCGUCGCAGUGUACAGGCGAGGACAGUGACAGUGUGACGGGUGGUCACCCGUCCGACACCAGUUGCGAUCAGCGAUCCGUCAGUGAGUUGGUGCGCAACUACAGCGACCCCGCCGGUGAAGGACAGAAGCGGGACCGAUCAGAGUCUGGAGACGUUGCACCCGCCUGCAAGCGCGGGGCCAGAGAGCGGAACGGCGAGCCGGGCCGCAGCCCGUCGACACUCGGCGGCAACAGAGGCUUCAGAGAGCAACUGGACGUCGCCAUCGACGGGCUGGAGGAACGACUGAUGGCCGCAUUCUCCAGAGAACUCCACGAGUUCCGCACGUCGUUAUCGGCGGAGAUCGAAAAGCUCAACGGUCGCGUGAAAGAGUUGGAGCGGCACGUGGAAGAGAGAGAUGGCGUUAUUGACCAGCUAAGCGAGGAGCUCGGCCGGUCUCGCUCGGUGGUGUCGACGCUGGAGACCCGGGUAGAGGAGGCUGAGAUUAAUUCAAGACUCCCCUGCAUCAUCCUCUCCGGCGCCGCCAUGGCGGCCCGCCGCGCGCCCCGCCUGGAGCCGCCCCUGCCGAACCAGACAGCGCCUGCGGCGGUCGACCCUCGGCCGAUCGCGCUGGCUGACACAGGUCGGGGUUCUCCGACCGUGACGUCAGAGUCAGCUGAUCGCCCGAACAGCGGCGGACCGGGUCAGUCGGCGGGCCGCGGUGCCGGGGGGCGGGCUGCGGGGCGAGCCGGCGAGUGGGAAGAGCGAGAGGACAUCAACGGUCUCGUCAUCAGCACCCUGAACCAGUGUCUGCCGGGACUGGAGGUCACCGCCAGCGAUAUCGACCGCGCCCACCGCCUGCCUGGCCCGAACAAUCGUGUGAUUGUGCGCUUCGUGCGUUCGGGCGAGGGGAGCAUUCGUGACCGCGUGAUGGGUCGCCGUAUGGAGCUACGCGGAAAGGAACUCUAUGUAAACGAGUCGCUAACCAAGCUUAGAAGCCGGAUCUUCAGGUCCCUGCUGGCCGCCAAGCGGGAGCAGAAGAUAUACACAGUGUAUUCCCGCGGUGGCUACGUGUUCUUCAAGGAACAGAAGCAUGGCGUGGGAAAGAGAGUGGACACACUGCAGCGAGUGCGAGAGCUGGGCUUCGGCGUACUCGAACGCUAGAGACCGGCAGCUGCCGCGGACGACGGACGGCACGAGCGGUGGCGAGUCGGCGACCCUUGCCGGCUACCUCGCUACCACACCACACCAGGCAAG